AUGGUUUAUAUAUCAUGCGGUGAAUUUAUGAUAGCAAAGCUCGUUGAUGAUCAGAGUUUCGACCCCGCAUAUACAAAAAAGCAAGCCACGCGACUUUAUCAAAUUUGUUAUAGAAAAUAUAGCAGAGGAUAUGUUCGAGUUGGUACAGAAAAGAUGCUCUAUAUGGCAGAUAAAUGCUUCUGGCAUCAAUUCUGGCCAGAUGAAGAAUUUCCAGGCGAAAAUGAAUACAUCGCUGGGCAAAUAAAGCAGAGUAUUGAGCAAGCAGACACUCGCAGUGAACAGAUUGAAGCAUCAGAAGUGGCACCGCAGCACAGUAUUUCCAACUCAGAUAUACCAGCAAAGACCACCAUUUCCAGAGAAGGUUCGCGUCCAAAGCAGAGUGUUGCAACUAGAGGUCGGACCAAGGCUAAAGGUGACACUAAAUCCAUAGAUUGGGGCAUCGUUACAAUACAAAGAAGAAAAGAAUACCGGAGGAAAUUAAAACGAAGCCUCUCGAGCAAGAAGCAGGCGGCGGAAGCAUCAGCACGAGUCUUAUCCAACCACAAUUCGAAGGCAUCUGUACUUGGUGAACGCCCACAUUUAUUACAACAGGGGCUGAAGAAAGCGCAGUUGGCGUCCUUCACCACGCAACUGGAGAGUGAGCUAUCCGUAGCAGGAGUGUCUGCAACAACAGCACACAAAGACUCAAGCCUAUUGGGAGAAUCACCACACUCGUCUAGAUUAGGACAAGAUCUUCAACUAAAUCCUUCCUCAAACCGGCUUCAGACACUCGAUGAGAUGAUUGAAGAAGAAAAGGAGAUUGCGAGUCAACUUAGAUAUAUGCGUGCAUCUUGUCCAAGUCCCGAGGAGAAUAGAAAGGGAUAUCAGAAUGAUGAUCGAUCGGAGGCGGUUGAAAGUGGAAGUAAAGAGGCACCGAAUGAAAGCCGUUUCUGCGUGGUACUUUGA